UUGUACUAACAAUGGUGGUGGAAAUGGCAUUAGCCUCUAUUAUUCAAAGAUCAGUAGUUUGCCUUCUACAGUAGCUGGUGUUCAUUUUUCAUAAAAUUUUACUCAUUGUCUGUGCCUCCAGAUUAAAUUCUAGUGAUAAUGAUUUUUUUAGCGCUUCUAUCAACUUUUUUGUUGUUUAAGGCUACAAAGAGUGACAUAGUAGAGUUGACAUUCCCAGAAGAAAUAAAAUCUAUAGCCGAUUCAUCGGUUAUUGAAAAUAACGCUACAACGCCAUGUGACAGGUAUCUUAGGUCGGCUGAGGUAGAAAUCCGAAAUCCUAGAAAUCACAAGUUUAUCACAACAAAUGGAUGGGAUCGUCAUCGACCUCACCCUGAACUCAAUGUAUAUCCUCGUGAUGAAGAUACUACAUUACCUGUCACAAAUACUUACUAUCAUAAUCAACAACAUUACGAAAAUGUCUAUAAUUCUCGGCAACAGCAACAGCCCCCCCCUAUAAGAACGUCUAAGCGUAUAAUUUAUUAUGCCACUUUGCCAGACAUUAAACGACCAAAUUAUUCUCCACAAUAUCCAGCUGAACUAUUUUACUCUCCUGUCGAUUUACGAAAUUUAGAUACUAAUAGACCAAACGAUGAACUACAUUCACGUUUGUUACCCUACGAAAACAGUUUCAAUCGAGGUCCAAAUUCUGUUACGAACUCUGGAACGUUAUUAAGUAGGUAUGACGAACCAGCCGAAUUUCGUGACGCUUUUUUACGGUCCAAUGAGUUUUCGUCUAAAUUUACGCCUUGGUCAGAAUCUUUCAAUAGAAUUUCUGAAUGGGAAAAGAAACCAUAUCAUAAUAGAGGACCCGUGUGGGAUAAAAAUUCGUAUAACAGGAAUUCCGUGUGGGACAAACAACCAUACAGUCGAGAUUCCACGUGGAAUAAAGAACCAUAUAAUCGAGAUGUUUCAUGGGACAAAGGGCAGUUUAAUGAAGGUGCAUGGGAAAAACAAUUAGUGGAAGUUCCGUUACAAAAACCUCAAAAUAUAAUCAAUGAUAAAAAUUCGGAUGUUACCGUUAUCCAGUCUGGAGUUAUUGAUGUCAGAGGAGAUCGACACAACACACCAUCACCCAAAUUUACAAUUGUAGAUGUUGACCCAAGACCUUACUAUCAACAACCAUUGUCUGCCCGGCAAGAGCAACAGAUAGGGAGGUCAAUGCACUAUGAACCUCUCCAACCUAUACUACCAUUUGUACAGUAUGACGCACAACCACCAAAUUCACAAUACAGUCAACCACAAAGAGUUCUCCAGAUGAAACCUUUUACCAGUAAUUAUGAAAAUAUAAAAAACAAUAUAAACACACAUCAGUUAAUGAGCAGUUGGACAGAACAAGAUACUGAUAUUCCAAAACCAAACGUAACGGUUUCGACACACUCCAUUAGCAUAGAUGUAUCAUCACUGGGAAAUAACACAAAAAAUGUCAUCAACAAUACUAGGAUUACGCCAUUUUCGAACAAUACUUUAUUGUAAAAUAACACUUGUUGGAGCUUUUAUAUAUAUUUUAUAAUUUUAUAUAAUUAUACAGAGUGUUCAGUAGGUAAGGAAACAGGUCAAUUAUUACAAACAAUGAGAAUAUUAAAAACCCAUUUCCUUACUUACUGAACACAUUAUAUAUGAUUAAUUAGUAUUUAACUCUCAUAUUUUGAUUAGAGACUGGAACAAAAUCUAAAAAAACGAUUCUUUAACUUCAACGUUAUUAAUAUUUAGAACCUGAAUAGGAAUAAGAAUCUUUAUAAUCAGAAAAACAUGUACAUAUUUGUAAACCUUUACAAAUAAAAGUUUUUUAACGGUUA